AAUUCUACGGGUUAUCAGAAAAUUCGAGGAAUAAUCGAGAAUGUUUAUUGGCAUUAGCCUGGCUCAUCGGUGUUCACAACGUUUUGGAAACUGCGAUGCAGCUGAAACUCGCUGGAAGUAUUUUAGGUAGAGCAUGUGUGCAAAGUGAUGAUUCACUGAAACGUGAACACGAAGAGAACAAUGAAAACGAAAAUGUAUCACCCGAUCUGAUCGAUCGAGCUCACUCCAUCGUCCACAAGUGUAUGAUAGUGAACAAUAAUUUAAAGGACAUCAAUGAACUUAUUGUUGAGAAGAUAAAAUCAACUAGCAAAUUGCAUAUAGCGUCUUCCAACAGCUGCGGACUCCCACAUCUGAAUGUACCGGAAAUGAGCAUCAUUAAACAAUUUGUGACGCAUGAGAAUAAAUAUUCUGAGCACAACGAAAAGAAUCUUGUUGAUUUACAGCGAUUAGCAGUUAUGAUUGAGACACAUUCCCUGUGGAAGAGAAGCGAAGACAUUUUCUUUGAUUGGAUGUUACAUGAGUUUACUCAGUGA